GUCAUAUUUUCAAACAGCAGGGGGUCCAUGCGUGCGCUUUUAUUUUGAAGGAAGGAUCGUGCGUUUUCCUGCACUUUUUUGUGCACUUUUCUGGAGCAGGGGGCAGAGCGCUGAGCCCGCUGAGACCACCGGACCCUCCUCGGACCCUCCUCGAACCUCCGGGUGUCUCCGCGUCCAUCCACAGCGGCUCCUCUCACGUGCUGCCGGGGGCGCGCGCUGCUGCGCGGAGGACGCACAAAGCGGCGCAACGAGGAGCUCCAGACACGCUCCCAGGGCUCCGGAGACUUGCGGAGGACCAUCGGAGGGUUUUUUUCUUUCCAGCCUUCACGGAUCUUGGCUCGCGCCUCUUUUCGUCCUCACUCUGAGGAUCUGCACCUCCGGACUCCAACAUGCACCUCCUGGGAGUCUCUCUGUUCCUGGCUUUCCUCCUCUACACCAACCUGGCCACGCGCACCGACUACUAUGAUUACUACGAGGAGCGCACGGACGAGCCGGACUCUCCUCAGCCGGAGAUGGAGGAGAAGCUGCGCUCGGCGUCCAGCGUGGACGAGCUGAUGAGUCUCAUCUACCCGUCCUACUGGGCCGCUCUGAAGUGCCGGUCCAAGCUGUCCGCUGCCUCCGGACUCUCCCAGCGGCCCCCGGGCCGCCGGCUGAGGCCCGCCGCUCACUCAGAGGAGCCGGCGUUCGCUGCCGCCUUCUUCAACCUGGACAUCCUGAAAAGUAUAGAGUCGGAGUGGAGGAAGACUCAGUGCACGCCCAGAGAAGUGUGUGUUGACGUGGGCAGGGAGUUCGGGGCUCCCACCAACAUCUUCUAUAAGCCCCCCUGUGUGUCUGUCUACAGAUGUGGAGGAUGCUGCCACUCUGAGGACAAACAGUGCAGGAAUAUCUCCAGCGGUUACCUCAGCAAGACUCUGUUUGAGAUCACCGUGCCGAUCACCCAGGGCACCAAGCCGGUGACCAUCAGCGUGGCCAACCACACCCAGUGCAGCUGUCUGUCCAAGCUGGACAUCUACAGACAAGUCCACAGCAUCAUCCGGAGAGCCUUACCUGAGUGUCCGGUCGCCAACAGCACGUGUCCUCCCGGGCAGGUGUGGGGCAGCAGGCAGUGCCGGUGCACCGACGUGGCGUCCGGCGUGCAGUACGACCCCCCCCCUCCGCCCCUGACCCCUCCCCGGCCCGCCCUCCAGCACCUCGACAUGUUCUCCACAGAUGUGUGUGGCCCGGACAAAGAGCUGGACGUGGACAGCUGUCAGUGUGUGUGUCGGCGCAGGGAUCAAAGCCGUGACUGCGGUCCGAACCGACACCUGGACCCCGGCAGCUGCCGGUGCGUCUGCGACGCGCCGCCCGACGCCCUCUGCCAGCCCAACCACGUCUUCAACAGGGACACCUGUCAGUGCAGCUGCAGCAAGACGUGUCCCCGGCACCAGCCGCUCAACAGAACCAAGUGCUCCUGCGAAUGCAGCGAGUCGCCCAACAAGUGCUUCCUGAAGGGCCGGAGGUUCCACCAGGCCACCUGCAGCUGUCUCAGAGCUCCGUGCGAGGCCAGACGGCGGCGCUGUGAAGCCGGGUUCUCCUUCAGCGAGGAAGUGUGUCGCUGCGUGCCGUCCCACUGGAGACAGCUGGACUGACCCAGCAGACCUCAGCAGGACCCCGCGGACCUGCUGGUCUCCGGGUCCCCGUCGCCUCGGCAGGACCCCGCGGACCUGCUGGUCUCCAGGUCCCUGUGGUGCGUGGGGACCCUGGUGAACGCGGGGGAGAGAAGCGGUGAAAUACUGAACGGUAAAAUGGGGAUAAGAAGGUGUGAAAUGCACUGAUUCCACUGAAAGAGAGCGGCUGGCUGGAGCCCUGCAUUGAAUAAAGGCUCAGA